UAUCCCAUGUUGUAUUCUGGUGACUAUGGCCCGGCCGAUGAGGUGCUGGACAAGGCCGAAUCCCCGUUGGAGUUAUUCUUCUUCUUCAUGCCUCGAAGGCUCUGGCUCAAAAUUGCAUCUGAGAGCAACCGCUACUACGAUCAGCAUUUGAACGAGCGUGUCGACCGGAUGUACGAAAAGAAGGUAGCGCAGGACGCCGAUGUGACAAGAGACUCGGUGCUACUAGCUGAAACGAAGCAACACAAGAAAAUCAAAGCCAAGGACGUGCACCACUGUAUUGGACUGCUUAUAGCGAGGAUGCUAUGCCCUCACAAGCACCGUUUUGCUGAUCACUGGGCCAAAGAAGGUGUUGGUGCUGUACCAAAAGGCACCUUCGGUCGCUACAUGUCCAAGGCGCGUUUUGGGCGGAUUAUGCAAAAUCUCCACUUCACAGACAAC